UGCAAGAUAACAAUCAUUAACCCAUUUCUUACACUAUUUUUCCCUAUUUGGCCUCGUAGUCUACGCACAUCACGUCCAAUUUUCCAAUUACUAUUAGGCGAAAAAUCAAUUUUCAAAUUUCAAAUUCCGUGGUUUUUGGUUUUUCGAAUUGUUUUUAUAAGCUAAAAGGAGGGGCUGAUGCCAAGAGCUAAAACCAUGAAUCCGACAGGAACCUCUACCUCAAUUGAAAUACCUAUCACCGCCCGUAGAAGUGAUCGCAUUGGAAUUAGGACGAAGGAAAUUGAAAGAUUAAAAGCUGCACAUAAAAUGCAAGUUGAUGCACUGAACAUUGAGCUGACAGCAGUUCAAAACGUUUUGAAAGAAAAAUCAAUAAUAAAUCAAUCGCUAACGGAAAGUUUGAGAAAUAUAAGUGCAAAUGUUAGACAUCGAGUGGACGCCGAUAGCUUCAAAAUUGAGCUGAAAAGAGAAGCGAUGGAAAAAUUCCACAUUCGAGUGGAGUUGUUGGCUCAAUGUGCAAAAGUGAAGGAAUUGGAGAGGGAUAAAUUCCAAUUGAGCUAUCAAAUGCAGGAAUUGAGAACUAUUGGAGAGCAUCAAAAUCUGAUAAAGAUGGUUGAUGAAGAACGCGAGAGAGCGGAUGUUCAGAGAAAAAGAGCAUUGGAGCAGGUCGCGUUGGCUCUGAAAAAGGAAGAAGAAUCCGAUGGACAACCGAAACCUUGGAGGAUGUGUGAGAUUUGUAGUCGGGAGUAUGAGGAUACUAAGGAGCGUGUGCCAAGGGUUCUUGACUGCGGGCACACAAUUUGCCACGAAUGCAUCACGAGAAUCCAUAAGCCAACGGAACCAUUCAAAUGUCCUUUUGAUAGAAAAAUCAUUGAGAUGGACGGCCGGAAUGUGGAGAGCUUUCCGAAAAAUUAUACUAUUCUUCAAAUGUGAUAUAUUGUUAUUCAUAAAAAUUUUAGUUGAUAGGCCUUUUUGGUAAUGCCUUUUAAAAAUUGUUUUUAGAAAACUGUACAAAAUGAAGUGAAUUUUAAUAUUAUUUAUUAAUUGGACAAAUAAAAAAAUAAAGAAAUAGUUAAACC